AUGACUCGCCUGCGCACACUGUGCACAGCAAUUCCUUCCAAUGUCUCCUUGCGGAAGAUCCUUCUCAACGCCCUAGAGGGUUACACAUCUUCGGCAGUGAAACGGCUCCGACAACACAUCAACUUGUACGCGGGCACAUUGCUCAGACAUGACGGAAACUACGACAUCCCUGAGAGAGUAGUCGAAUUUUCUGGUGGUGUUCGCCGGCGGCCUCACGGGUGCCUCGUUGCCUUUCUAGGCGUGGAUGGCAGCUUGCUUGCUCCGCCAGAGCUAUUGCGGAGCGAAGCUCUUCCAGACCUUCUUCCUGCCUUAGAAGACGUGGUGGAUUCUUUGAAGGCAGACCGCCUUCAGGCUGGUAUGGCUUUGCAGCAAUCGUGCCCGAUUGCGCACGCAACUGACUCCUACCAGAAGCAACGUUUGGCUUUGCAAGCUUUCUACCGGCAGAAGUUUCCAGAGCUACACGCAGAGGUAUUAGCAACAAGCCCAAAAGCCGAUGCGGCUGGCGCCGCACGCGGCGCAGGUGAUUGCUGCGUUCGCAUCGUGGGCGCUUGCCUAUUCAAGCUUUCUCUCCCUGCAGUGCCGCCUAGUCACAAGAAAUCGGAUAAGCCCAUUGCAGCGCAGCCCCUGCCAGAAGACUUUCAGAACCUUCUGUUGCAACUCGUGCAAGGCAACAAGACGGAGAAUCAGCGGCUGACGUCCCAAAAUGCGGAUGGGGUGGCAGCUCUGCGAGAUUUCCUUGUGCAGACAGACGUGGCCACUGCGAGGACAUGGAUAGAUGUGUUCGGCGCCAAGCCAACAGCUGGAGUCAUCAGGCGUGAGAUCAGUGUCUUGGUGAAGUGGUACUCGGUUGGUCGCAAAGGGAGCCGGCGGAAGCGAGGCGUGCGAAAGGCAACUGACGAUCCAGGCCAAGUUCAUGGGACCCGCUCGGCCAUGACCCAGAGUGUCUCGGACUAUUUCGAUCGCCUCCAGAAGCCAUUGAAGGUGGAAGGGCUGUGGGCAUGGAGAGACAUAGCCGUUGCCAUUCACCAUGCCCAAAUCAAAUUACAGUCAGGGACUGUCUGCGCUUGGCAGUCAGUGAAGGACAUGCUGCCACCUUCUGGGAGGCACAUGUCACGGCCAUGGCUUGAGAUGCUUCUCCGGAUUGCAUUCCUGCGACACAACUUUCGGCUCCACAAGUCUGGCUCCAAUCCAGCCGUGUCGGAGGGGGACAGCUUGAUCACAGAGAGCCUGCAGUUCUAUGAGCAGUGCGAGCAAAGCAUUGGUUUUCAAGGACUAGAUGAGCUCUUUGCAGCGUUUGAAGAGAAGGUUGAUGACGCCUACGAUAAUUAG